AUGUCAGUACCUGCUUUCAACUACCAAGUACGAACCGUCUCUCUUGAUGACACUCGAGCGCGAGGGAGUGGGGUUUCAGUUGUGGUGCGCAGUUACAAAAGGCCGGCCCUGGGUUGGAGUAGCGCAGACGAUAUCAUCGACCUUACGCUAGGCAAUGCUAAGAAGAACGGUCUGUUGCAAAAGGAACCUACAAGUCAAAAGGGCACAGAGAAGCAAAGAAAUACUCAGAUCCUAUCGACAGUCAUCAAGGCCAGGAGCUUGGUAACUGGGCCUCGGCACUCGGGUCUUGAUAUUUGGACCUCGGUAGUUAAAUGCUGGGAGUCAGGAAUUGGUAAUGGAGAUCCGGAACUCGAAGUUUGA